AGGCAUUGGCGGGAGAGAAGUGGCCGGAUAAAACCGAGAAACUGGUUAGCGCGUCGACGAUGGCGAUGGCGACGGCGAGUGUUACACUCCGACCUCAUAUCCUCUCAUCGAUUUCCGGAAACUGCUGCUAUAUCCAGUCAACAUUACCCCUUCAUCGCUUCUUUCGCUAUAACCCAGGUCGAAAACCUUUUUCAUUGCAACCAUCAAGAUCAUACACAACAAGUCUUCUAUUUAACAAAAGAAAUAUAGAAGAACUACAAAAUGGGACACGUAAGCGUUUGAAGCCCGGGAAAUUAUCGCCACGUCGCCUUGUCCCUGACCACAUACUCAAACCUCCUUAUGUUGGUUCCAAGAAGCCACCUGGCAUUGCAAGUGGGCCUGAAGUCCAUGAUGAAAAGGGUAUAGAGUACAUGAGAGCUUCCGGAAGACUUGCAGCACAAGUUCUUCAAUAUGCCGGAACAUUAGUUAAGCCAGGUGUUACAACAGAUGAAAUUGACCAACAAGUUCAUCAGAUGAUCAUUGACAAUGGAGCUUAUCCUUCACCUCUUGGCUAUGGUGGAUUUCCAAAAAGUGUGUGUACUUCUGUAAAUGAAUGCAUUUGUCAUGGAAUCCCUGAUUCACGUGAACUUGAGGAUGGUGAUAUUAUCAACAUAGAUGUUACCGUUUAUCUCAAUGGUUACCAUGGUGACACGUCAGCAACUUAUUUUUGUGGAGAUGUGGAUGACAAGGCUAAAAAUCUUGUAAAGGUAACUAAAGAAAGCUUAGACAAGGCAAUAUCACUAUGUGCACCAGGAGUUGAGUAUAACAAAAUUGGCAAAGUUAUAAAUGCACAUGCAGAUAAACAUGGGUAUGGUGUUGUGCAAUCUUUUGUUGGGCAUGGUGUGGGACGUCUUUUUCACAGUGAUCCAGUUAUUCUACACUACAGGAACAAUGAAAGGGGACACAUGAUACUGAACCAGACAUUUACCAUCGAACCGAUGUUGACAAUGGGAAGUAUACACCCGAUAAUAUGGGAUGAUGAUUGGACGGUGGUGACUCAGGAUGGAAGUUUGUCGGCGCAAUUUGAGCACACACUUUUGAUAACGGAAAAUGGUGUUGAGAUAUUAACCCAAUGUUAAUGUUAGCUUUUGGGUUUAUAAAUUGGAUUAGUGUAAUGAUACAAAGAGAUCCUUGUAUUUUUUAUGACACAAACUGAUAAAAUCAAAAGUUUAGAAUUAAUGUCUAAAUGAUA